AUGGGCUCGUAUACUCCCGUCCACGACCAAGAGGUACAUACCAUCCAUAUCCCCGAAGAAGUGCGCAGGUCAAGCAAACCAACCCUUGAACUCAUUGCCGAAGGCGCUGCCUUCUUGCACAAAGAUGGCAUCAUUGUCCUGGACAACGCCAUCGACACUGACCACCUCGAUACCUUGAACGCCAAGUUGUCGCCAGAGGCACUCGAGAUCGCCUCUGACCCUGAUCACCACUUCAACUUCGGCAAGCACACGCGCAAUAUGGACCAAGCCCCUCCUCCUACAAAAGCUCUCAUGUUCAAAGACAUAUGGUGCAACCCCUUUGCAGCAGCCAUCCUAGCGGCCGUCCUGGGCCCAAGACCAGUCAUCCACUACGCGAACGGCAAUACGGCGCUGAGGGCCCCGCCUCACGGCCGCCAGCCUGUGCAUUCGGACUGCGAGUUCGCCCAUCCGGCAUACUUCCCGUUCGCCUACGUCAUCAACAUCAACCUCGUCGACGUGACGCCCGAGAACGGCGGCACCGAGGUCUGGGUCGGCAGCCACCAUGUCUCCGUGUACGAAGCGCACAGCCGGUCGGAGGAUGAGGAGUGCGAGGAGCUCCUCACCAUCAAGCCCGAACUGUUGGAGCAGCGGCGCAAGCACUCCCCGCCCGUGCAGGUCAGCACCAAGAAGGGCAGCCUGAUCAUCCGCGACCUGCGGCUCUGGCACGCCGGCAUGCCGAACCUGACAGACGACCCGCGAAUCAUGCUGGCCUUCGUGGCGAGUCCGGCCUGGUGGCAGGGCCGGAGCAAGAUCAAGCUCCCCCUCGAGGUCAAGGAGUUGGUCGAGAGUUGGAGCGACGAGAUGGAAUAUGACGCCGACUGGGUCGACGGUGAGGUUGAUCACAAGAAGCUCAGAAGCGCCGGCGUCGAUUUCGACGGGAACAGUCACGCCUUAGAGCGGUUUAGGAAGGAACUUAGUGUCUGGCCAGACUAUCGGCCUAGAUGGUACUAA